GAGGGAGUACCACUAAAAACCUGAGUUCUGUUUUUAUUUAACUUAAUAAAUUUGUAGAUAAAUGGUCAUAUUUAAUCUAAAAAACACCAGAAUCAUCCUUCAGACCCCAGCAUUUGUGUUGUAUUUGUGGAAUGAACUCCCCCCAGACACAAUACAGAGGACAUGACGUGGGCGUCCUCAGUGGUAGGAGCAGCCUGGUUUCAUGUUUCAUGCUAGAAAAUGAAAUAUCUGAACUUUUGAAUGGAGGACAGCAGCUGCCUGACAAACCAAUUUACAGUUUUACUUUGUAUGAAUUACCGUCUCUUUUAAAGACUGUAUUAUUUUAUAUUCCAUUAAAUUAACUAAGACUCGAGUAUUUUUUUAAUUUAGCAGCUUUGAAGACAACAAAUAAAUAACAGAGGAUUCCGUAUUAAUCCAGUAGAUUUUUAUUCCCGGCAACAUGUUGAGACUUAAAAAAAAUAAAAAAAUAAAUAGAAAUUUAGUGACCUCAGUUUUUCUAAAAUCUUGGUUUUGGUUUCUGCAUCCAGACUUGAUGGUAAUGCUGCAGAAAAUCUUCAACAUGCACAGGUCAGGUAAGUACUUGUAUUGUCACUUGUACUUUAUUACUUUAAUACUCAGCAGGUUCUGUGAUAUUUUGCAGCAUUUGCAUUAAAUCUUCUGUCCAUAAAAGACACAGGGGAGUGAUGUCACUGCUGAGCGGACAUGUCCACACUGUCACUUUAAUUUCAGUGCAGUCCAGGGGGCAGGAUCGUGUGUUUUUCCCCCUCCUUCACUUGGACUCGGAGCGUUUGCGCCAACCACAGCAGCAGCAGAUUGAAUGAAGUGUCGUCGCAGGCUGCUGCUGGCCUCACGGAGGAAACCGUGCUGGCCUGUUCAAGAUGCCAGAGAUGUACAGUCAGGAUGCAGCAGCAUUUUUUUAGUCUUUGAGAAGGCGGAUUUGUGCCUCGCCACAUUUCUCUAGCAAGCAGUCCAGUUUUUUUUUUCUUGGAAGGAGGUUUAAAGAGAAAAAGCUGCAGGGCCUUGAGAAGGCAAUCUCCGCCUUGAUGGUAUCUGACAGCAGCAGCAGCAGCGCACUGCUCAGGCGACUGGCAGCCCUCUGCACGGAUGAUAAAGAACUUGGGAAAGGAAAUAGUCAAGAUGGCAGCUGUGUACGGGAUGUUAAAGCCGAUGUGGUGGCAUUAGAUGAAGUAAUUUUCACGUUUCUUUUGGCAUGCACGUCGCAGGAUCGCGGUGCAGGACGCGGGCGCUCGUUGUGAAGGAACGCCGUUUGGAUUCCUCCGAGACUCUCUGACUCGGACUCUUCCUCGUUAUUUUAACUCCACAUUUUUUUUUUCGAGAAAUUGCACUGCAUGUUGGUCAGGGUGUGGAGCCGUGCGCGAGAAAAGGCAAAUGUUUUGUUAAUGCUGGUCAGCCCCCCGAUCUGCCUGCGUGUGUGUGUGUGUGUGUGUGUGUGUGUGCGCGCCGCGGAUAGACAGACAGAUAGACGGACACGUGCUGGGACUGGGCUGCAGGCUGUACAUUUGCAUACCGUGCAUAGUAAAUAAACUGUCCCCGAAGCCUGCACACAACAUUGAUGGAAUGCGACCUGAGUGAUUUUAUAACCCUUUGUGCAGCGAACGAGAAACUGCGAUUAACAUGGCUGAGGCGCCGCGCAUCGGCAACGAGCCUCCCUUAAACGUUGAGAUAGAUCCGGAUUUCGAGCCCCAGAAGCGGCCGCGGUCCUGCACUUGGCCCCUGCCCCGUCCGGAGUCCGGUGCGGGCAAGCCCGGGACAAAUGACACUGACGUAAUCCCCGAAGAGGAGGACGAUGAGGGUGGCAGCAGCAGCGCGGGGAGCGGCGCCGCUCAGAAAGCCAGCGGCGGCGUUAUCAAACCCCGGGAGUCGAGCAGCAGCAGCAGCAGCAGCGGCUCCAUCUCCCAGCCCGUGGAGGUCCAGCGCGGCCCCUGCAAGGAGGAGGCCGCCGACGGCUCGCCUUCCUCCGCGCAGACUCCCGCCGCGGCUCUGGGCGGCUCUGCGUCCCAGCAGCUGAGGAAGUCCUCCUCCCGCAGGAACGCUUGGGGCAACUACUCCUAUGCAGACCUCAUUACCCAAGCCAUCGAGAGCUCCCCGGAGAAACGGCUGACCUUGUCCCAAAUCUAUGACUGGAUGGUGAGGUCUGUGCCAUAUUUCAAGGACAAAGGCGACAGCAAUAGCUCCGCUGGCUGGAAGAACUCCAUCCGACACAAUCUGUCCCUCCACAGUCGUUUUGUGAAAGUCCAGAAUGAGGGAACAGGGAAAAGCUCCUGGUGGAUGGUCAACCCAGAAGGUGGGAAAGGAGGCAAAGCUCCUCGGCGACGGGCAGUAUCGAUGGAUAACAGUAAGUACAUCAAAGGAGCCAGAGGACGCGCCACGAAGAAGAAAGCCUCCCUGCAGGCCGCUCAGGAUGGCAGCUCUGAGAGCUCCUCCAGCCUGUCCAAAUGGACAGGGAGUCCAACUUCCCGCAGCAGUGACGAGCUAGACGCCUGGACAGACUUCCGCUCCCGGACCAAUUCUAACGCCAGCACACUCAGCGGUCGUCUGUCCCCGAUCCUGGCCAACCUGGAGCUGGACGAGGUGCCUGAUGAUGACUCUCCUCUCUCCCCGAUGCUGUACUCCAGUCCCAGCAGCAUGUCCCCGUCCACAGGGCCCACAGGGCUCUCUGACCUGGCAGGUACCAUGAACCUCAACGAUGGGCUCUCCGACAACCUGAUGGACGACCUUUUGGACAAUAUCAGCCUGACAGCAUCCCAGCAGCCUCCUCCUGGAGAGGAAGACGACGGAGCAAACGGUCAGGGGAGCUCAGUGUUUACCUUCAGCUGCUCAGGAAGCAGUCUGGGUAGCCCCUCUGGCAGCUACGGGCCAAACCCUCUCUUCAGCCCGCCGUCCAUCACGAGCCUGCGGCAGUCACCCAUGCAGACCAUUCAGGAGAACAAGCAGACCACCUUCUCCUGCAUCUCGCACUUCAGCGACCAUCAGACCCUGCAGGAUCUGCUCAGUCUGGACUCCCACAGCCACAGCAACGUCAUGCUCACCCAGUCCGACCCGCUGAUGUCACAGGCCAGCACCGCCAUCGCCCUGCAAAACUCCCGCCGCAACGCCAUGCUGCUGCGCAAAGACCACAUGUUGGUGAACCACACCAGUGCAGGUCAGGCCCAAAGCUCUUCAGUGCCUAGUUGGCAAGCUGGCUUGUCAACCUCUGACAACGACGCCGGUCACCCCGACGCCAAGCAGCCGCAUCUGAAGUCUCCCAGCAAGAACGCCUCUAUGCAGCUCGGCUCUGGUUUGUCCGGCCAGGACCGCUUUCCUGCCGAUCUGGACCUCGACGUGUUCAAUGGCAGCCUGGAGUGUGACAUGGACUCCAUCAUCCGCAAUGAACUGAUGGACGCAGAUUGCCUGGACCUCAGCUUCGACUCUCGCCUCACCUCCGCCCAGAACGCCAACAGGAAUUCAGGAAGCUUCUCGAGCUCCAAACAGACCUCCCCUCAAAGCUGGGUCCCAAGCUGAGAAGCUCUGUCAGAACUCAGCAUGAGUUAAAAAAAAAAGAAGAAGUGGGGGAAAGUGUAAAUUGGGUUUCGUUGUUCUGCAUUGUGCAACUAGAAGGAAGGAAGUAUGUUAAAGUGUAUUCAUGUAGUAUUUUUUCCAUUAUUUUUAAUGUGAGGCAUUAAGUUCGGUACUGUAUUUUAAGUGUCUGAGACACACAAUGGUGUCUUCACAGUGGAGGAAAAAAAAUCUUUAAAAAGAUCAAUGCCUGGGUGGUGUGAACAACAGUACUGACUGGAAGUACAGGACAUUUUGUUAAAACUAUAUGAAAAGCAUCAACUCGUGUUAGUCUCAGGGAAUCACUCGUAUCACAAAGUGAUAACAUGAAACUGAAGAUGAAUUAUGUUUUCACCCUGCUUUCUCCUCUUUCACACCCUUUCAUACCUAAACCAACGUUUUUUGCCAAACCAGCUGUCAGCCCGUUGUUGGGUGACAGCCUGUUUACAGAAAAAAGCUGCAGAGAAUGUUACAUUAUUACGUUCCAGUGGAGGAUACUUGACAAGCUGUUGUGUUUUUUUUAAAGUUUCUUUGAGAGACGUAGCCUAAAUGGACUAAACCGAUUUAAAACAAAUGUUAACGAAAAGCUUUUUUUUUCCCAUUGAUGCACCAAGUCAUGCACCAAAUAUCAAUCUGUAGAGGUUAAUAUGUUAUCAAGAUGUGAACUGAUCUACAUUGUGUGGUUUUUUGUAUGUAAUGUUUUAUUUUUAUUUAGCAAAUUUUACCCUGUGAUUUUAGUGACAUUACUGUGAAUUCUGUUCCUUCUGAAAAGGUGCAUUACUGAAGUCUUGAUGAUAUGGUGUUUUCUGCUGCAGACCCCUUUUCACACCCCCUCCCCUCCCUCGUCCUCCUCUUCCACUUAAACUGCAAUAUUGGAAGUACUGUUCAGUAUACAGAGUUUAGGACAGAACUAAGGACAUGAUUUAGCUCUAGUUGACACCAUUUACAUUAGCAAACACUUAGGACUAUUUGGAUUCAAAUAACCACACUCCACAGCACUCUACUACAAUAUUUUGGUGUUUGUUAAUUUGAAGGAGAUCUUGGUGCUAUAAAUAAGAAGAUAGCAGGGAGUGGCUGCAGAUGGAGCGUCAUUAGUAGCCUCUCCUUUGUUAUCAGCACUACAGCAGGUGCUGGGGAAAAUAUUGUUUCCAACCCUGUAAGAGGAGGUUGUAUAGUAUCUUAGAGCCAUUUUUGCCAUUUGAGAAAGAAACAACCACAGUAUUUUAAAUAUUGCCAAAAUAUUUCUGCAUUUAAAUAAGUGGAAAUAAGAGGAUAUACAGUGUAUAAAUAUUAGGAACCAGUGGUGUAGGGACAAAAUAAAAAAAAAAAAGAAAAUCAACAUCAGCACAGUUUUUGUAGGAACAGCAGGAUGGAUUUUUUUAAGGUUACUUUUUUGUGAGAAUUUUUGCCUCCUUGCUAAAUUUAACUUGAUCAUUUUAAAUGACAUUUGCAUUUGUUUUAUUUAUUUAAUUCUCUCUAAUUGCGAGCCUGCAUGUUGUACCCCAUGUUUAGUGGGAUAGAGCUGUGUAAAAGCACUUUUGUUUUAAUGGUCAGUUAAACCCAGCCUGCAUUUUGACCACCUCAGCUGGGUAUUGAUCGGUACAGACGACGAAUGAAUCAACAAAAUUGUGUCCUCUAUUAGAGUUAUUGAGAAAAUCUUUAUGUCACAUACCCAUACAGUUAACUGACAUUAAUGUGACAGAAAUAUCUAAUCCCUUUGGCUUAAUUUCUGAUUCAAGAAUAAUAAAUUCUGCACAAAUGUGCUUCCAGAUAUAAUUUUUGUAGCUUCACAUGAACGAUUUCAUCGUCAAAAUACAAAAAACUGACUUGAAGCUUCAUUUUUUUCUACAUUAAUUUUGAGUAACACUCACUGCCAAUAUCCAUUCUCCAUUUCUUCCUAUUGCUCCUACAAAAAAAGAGACAUCAAGUUGACAUUGUCAGUUGUAAUUCCAUUUCCUAUCUUGGUUGUAUCAGAGAUGGUGCAUGUAAAUAAAGCUUAAAGAACCA